CCACAGCAGGUGAGUGGAGGCAGGAGCCAUGGGUGGGGCCACGGGCAAGCCUGGGAGGCGCAGGGGCUGGGCAGCUGCCAGUGACCCAAGUCCACACAGAGACCUGCACAGCUGCCCCAGCCCCAAGUUAGGGGGAUCCACGGGCCAGCCUUCUCUGGGCUCAGCCACCCUGGGAGGUGGGCAUGCAGGGGCACCGAAGGGGACGGGCAGCCCUGGCAUCCCACAGCCACCAGGAGGAGAACUUACGCCUCCCUAAGACCUGGCAAAGAGCAGGCUGGCCCCGGCCCCCGAGCGGAGGAGGCUGCAGCUCCCUCACGUCUGCGCCUCCCUCAACGCAGGUUAAACUUUGACCAAGGAAAUGAUUGCUAAACUCGAUUCCGUAAGUGUCACCAGUCACACUUUAAUUCCAGUCUAGAAUUAAAGUCUUCAGUCUCCACAUUUCCUACUUUCCAAAUUCAGCUUUUCCGGGAGGUCUGGAGCAGCUGCCUCUCUGGGGAGAUGCUGGAGGUCUCAGAAUCACCUCACGCAGCCUCAGGGCCUGGUUGGGGCCACUCCAAGUGACACCAGCAGGCAGAUGACCAGAGAGCCUGAGCCCCCAGCCCCGAGUCUGUGAAGCCAGCAGCCACUGACAUGCUCCCAGCCGCCGGGCUGGAGAAGCCACUGUGGGCACCACCGUGGAGGAAACAGGCCCGUUGCCCUGGUCCCUUUGCCUUGGGCCAGCCUUUGUGAAGUGGGCUCUCUUCUGGGCCCCUUGAGUAGGUUCCAUGGCAUUUUCUGAACUCCUGGACCUCGUGGGUGGCCUGGGCAGGUUCCAGGUUCUCCAGACAGUGGCUCUGAUGGUCUCCAUCAUGUGGCUGAGUACCCAGAGCAUGCUGGAGAACUUCUCGGCCGCUGUGCCCAGCCACCGCUGCUGGGCACCCCUCCUGGACAACAGCACAGCCCAGGCUGGCAUCCCAGGGGGACUGACUCCUGAGGCCCUCCUGGCUGUCUCCAUCCCACCGGGCCCCAGCCAGGGGCCCCACCAAUGCCGCCGCUUCCGCCAGCCACAGUGGCAGAUCUUGGACCCCAAUGCCACGGCCACCAACUGGAGCGAGGCUGACACGGAGCCGUGUGUGGACGGCUGGGUCUAUGACCGCAGCAUCUUCACCUCCACCAUCGUGGCCAAGUGGAACCUGGUGUGUGACUCUCAUGCCCUGAAGCCCAUGGCCCAGUCCAUCUACCUGGCUGGGAUUCUGGUGGGGGCUGCUGCAUGCGGCCCUGCCUCAGACAGGUGGCUGGCAGAGUCGGCACGAUGGCUCCUCACCACGGGCAGGCUGGACCGGGGCCUGCACGAGCUGUGGAGGGUGGCUGCCAUCAACGGAAAGGGGGCGGUGCGGGACACUCUGACCCCUGAGGUCUUGCUUUCAGCCAUGAGGGAGGAACUGAGCAUGGACCAGGCUCCCGCCAGCCUGGGCACACUGCUCCGCACGCCCGGACUGCGCUUCCGGAUCUGUAUCUCCAUGUUGUGCUGGUUCGCCUUUGGCUUCACCUUCUUCGGCCUGGCCCUGGACCUGCAGGCCCUGGGAAACAACAUCUUCCUGCUCCAGAUGUUCAUUGGUGUCGUGGACAUCCCGGCCAAGAUGGGCGCCCUGCUGCUGCUGAGCCGCCUGGGCCGCCGCCCCACGCAGGCCGCAUCCCUGUUGCUGGCAGGGCUCUGCAUUCUGGCCAACACGCUGGUGCCCCACGAAAUGGGGGCUCUGCGCUCAGCCCUGGCCGUGCUGGGGCUGGGCGGGGUGGGGGCCGCCUUCACCUGCAUCACCAUCUACAGCAGUGAGCUCUUCCCCACCGUGCUCAGGAUGACCGCAGUGGGCUUGGGCCAGAUGGCGGCCCGUGGAGGAGCCAUCCUGGGGCCUCUGGUCCGGCUGCUGGGUGUCCAUGGCCCCUGGCUGCCCUUGCUGGUAUACGGGACGGUGCCGGUGCUGAGUGGCCUGGCCGCACUGCUUCUGCCCGAGACCCAGAGCCUGCCGCUGCCCGAUACCAUCCAAGAUGUGCACAACCAGGCAGUGAAGAAGGCGACACAUGGCACACUGGAGAACUCUGUCCUGAAAUCCACACAAUUUUAGCCUCGUGGGGAGCCCGCGAUGGGACAGUUGGAGGAAGAGGCUUCUUCUGUCCUCUGGAGAAGGCAGGAGGAAAGCAAAGCCCUCCAUUUCCAGAGGCCCAGAGGCUGUCCUCUGAGGUCCCCACUCUCCCCCAGGGCUGCCCCUCCAGCUGAGCCCUGCCCCUCUCACAGUCCAAAGGGCCCCCUUCAAUACUGAAGGGGCAAAGAACAGUUUGAUUUGCAGAAGGCGGCCCAGUGCACCAUCAGCCCGCCCUGCCCUCAUGGCUUCAGAGAGCAGAGGGGUCAGGCCCAGGGGAACGAGCUGGCCUUGCCAACCCUCUGCUUGCCUCCUCACUGCCACUUGUUCGCCCACACCCGUCCACCUGCCCAGAGCUCAGAGCUAACCACCAUCCAAGGUCAAGACGUCUCCUGGCUCCGCACAAGCAGUAGAGUCUCAGCUCCACAGCUUUACCCAGAAGCCCUUGUUAGCCUUACCCCUGGCCCCUCUCCACGUCCCUCCAGACCUCAGCCACCUGCCCGCCACAUCCUCUGCCUGCUGUCCCCUUCCCACCCUUAUCCCUGACAGACUCCACUUAACCCCCAAACCCAGACCCCCUUCCAGGGCUCUAGGGCCAGCCUGAGAUGCCCGUGAAACUUCUACCCACAGUUACAGCCACAAGCCUGCCUUCUCCCACCCUGCCAGCCUAGGAGCUCCCAAAGGGUUGGUGCGGUCCCAUGACCCCAUGUCCCAGCUCCCACACAGAGCUGGGCCAGGGGGGCACUGGUGCAAGGGAUUGAAUAAAGGAAAAACUGAAUGGCUGCCC